AUGGUAGAACAGAAAAUUGGUUAUGUAGGUCUUGGAGCUAUGGGAAGUGCUAUUGCUCCUCAUGUAGCCGAUUACGCUUUGAAGAAUAAUUUCCCCCCUUUGACCCUCUGGAAUAGGUCUGUUGACAAAUACGAACCUAUCAAGGAGAAAUGUCCUGGGGCGUAUUUUGCCAAAGAGCUCAAGGAAGUGACGGAAAGGUGUAAUGUAGUUUUUAGCUGUUUGUUGAACGACGAGGUUUCUUUGGAAGUAUAUGGGGAGUUGGUGAAAGGGAUCAAAGCGAAGGUUGUUUUCAUCGAUCAGAGUAGUUUGAACCCUAAGACGUCGGUUAAACUUGCCGAAAUGGUCCAACAAGCAGGUGGUGUAUACCUAGCCUGCCCAGUAUUCGGGCUACCCAUAAUGGCGGCCAACCGUAUGUUAGUAUGUAUCAUGUCCGGUCCAAAAGAAGAGAAAGAAUGGGUCAAACCAUUGGUCCGAUCUCUAGGGAAGGAACUCAUCGAUGUGGGAGAGAACGUAGCUACAGGUUCUCAAACAAAGUUCGCAGGGAAUGGUUUCCUUCUUGGUAUUCUCGAACUUUUAGGAGAACUAUAUGCAAUGUUGGAAGCUAUUGGAUAUCCCAAAGCUGCCUUCACCGAACUGAUGGAAAAAUUCAUCGGAUCCCCUUCAGUCAGUCACUAUAGUAAAGUUAUCUCAGAAGGUAAUUUCGACCCGACUUACGGGUUCCUCAUUACCACCGGUCUCAAAGAUUGUCGACAUAUCCUUUCUCUCGGGAGUGAUGCCAAUCCUCCUGUCAAACUUCCUCUUCUCGAAAUGGCAGCGGAUAACAUGCGUCAAGCUGCCGAAAUUGAUCCGACCCUCGAUUGGAGUGCGAUGAGUAUCAUCCUUCGUCGCAAUGCCGGAUUGGCUUUGCUUUCGAAAGCCAAUGAGGAGGAUAAAUGA